AUUAUGGAACAGUUUAACCCUUGCCUUAGGAAUUUUAUCUCAAUGGGGAAAAACUACGAGAAGGCCUUGGCAAGUGUGACGUUUGCAGCGAAGGGUUACUUUGACGCUCUGGUAAAAAUGGGAGAGCUGGCCAGUGAAAGCCAAGGAUCCAAGGAGCUGGGCGACGUCCUCUUCCAGAUGGCAGAAGUUCACCGGCAGAUCCAGAACCAGCUGGAGGAUAUGCUGAAAUCCUUUCACAAUGAACUGCUGACCCAGCUGGAGCAGAAGGUGGAGCUGGACUCGCGGUACCUGAAUGCGGCUUUAAAGAAAUACCAGCUGGAACAGAAGAACAAAGGAGAUGCCCUGGAAAAGUGUCAGUUGGAGCUGAGGAAACUACGCAAAAAGAGCCAAGGCAGCAAAAACCCCCAAAAAUAUUCUGACAAAGAGAUGCAGUACAUCGAAGCGAUCAGCAACAAGCAGAGCGAGCUGGAGAACUUUGUAUCGGACGGAUAUAAGAUGGCGCUGACCGAGGAGAGGAGGCGGUACUGCUUCCUGGUGGAGAAACAAUGCGCAGUCGCCAAGAGCUCCAUGGCCUAUCACAGCAAGGGCAAAGACCUUAUGGCACAGAAGAUCCCCCCCUGGCAACAGUCUAGCCUUGACCCGAGCAAGAUCCCAGACCGGGCCAUUCAGAUCAUGCAGCAGAUGGCUGGUGGACCCAACGGCACCAUCAUGGCGGGUACGCUGUCCGGGCCUAUGACCAAUUCCAAAUCCAGCCUCUCCAUAUCGGACCCAAUCCCUGGUGCCAAGCCCCUGCCGGUGCCCCCGGAGCUGGCUCCUUUUGUUGGGAGGAUGUCUGCGCAGGAGGGCGCACCCAUAAUGAAUGGUGUCACGGGGCCGCCCCCCAGCAGCUACGACCACUGGGACAUGCCUGGGAAGCCCAAAGUGUCCCCGUCCCAACCGCACAAGCAGAUCAGCGACUCCUAUUCCAACACCCUUCCAGCCCGCAAGAGCGUCCCGCCCAAAAACAGCUACACUGUCGCUGAGAACAAGACGCUGCCGCGCUCCAGCUCCAUGGCGGCCGGUCUAGAGAAGAACAGCAGGACGCGGGUGCAAGCCAUCUUCUCGCACUCCGCUGGAGACAACACCACCCUGCUUAGCUUCGGCAACGGCGAUUACAUCACCCUUCUGGUCCCGGAGGCCAGAGAUGGCUGGCACUAUGGAGAGAGCGAGAAGACAAAACUGAGGGGAUGGUUCCCGUUCUCGUACACGCGGGUGGUGGAAGCACGGGACCCCAGUACCCGUUCUCAGAACUUACAGCCUGGAAAAAGCAGUAGCACCGGAAACCUGCUGGACAAAGAUGACCUCUCCAUUCCCCCCCCUGACUACAACAUGGCGUCACACGGCUUCCCGCCACAGGCGUCCGGCACCUACAAGCCCCGGCCCUACAGCGUGGCCGCCCCCGUCUUCACACAGGGUUUAGAUGACUACGGAGCGGCACGCCCCGCCAGCAGCUUGGAAGCUGAAGUGGCGAGAUUUUGAGAGGUUUCUGCGCUUAAAAUCCCUUUCUGGAAAUCCGGUUGAGGCCCACGAUGACAAACGACCGAUCGGCUCCCCACAUGAAUUGACGCUGACUACCCUCCGGAGGAGCCGUGAAUCUUUGCCUCUUUGCCUCUGUGCCCUUGUACGCCGGUGAACGGGGCCGGGAGAGAUGACAGAUGAGUGAACUCUAUCCCCUUGUCUUAUCUUCUCCCCACAGCUUAUGCAGGCGCUAUACAGCCUGUACAGUCACUUGUUAACUCUACGCACAGGCAACCUGGAUGGGUGUGAAAAGUGACAACCCAAUCUGCUCUGUAUGAAUUGCACCUAUUUAUUUUAACAAAUUAUCUUCUUGUAACUUCAUGUCUUUGGCACACACCUUUACCCAAUCGGUUUAGUUUCUCCCACAGAAAUACCGGUCUCUAAGACGAGGAGGGUAGUGUAGAAAUCUCAACAACCGGUCAGAGAAUCUUCUCAUGGUGGCCCUAUAUUUGCUCCCUGCAGGGUGGGCGAAGAGCUGUGCAGAGCAACCAAUCAUUUUUAUGCCCCACCCUAGAGGGGAAAAUCGUAAAGCCAUGCACAGUUUAAAAAGCUUUAAUAUUUAUAUAUCUAUAUAAAUCCAGCUUGCUUUUUGCCCCUCCCCCCGGGUAUAAAUGCUGGAAUAUUGCAAGAUCCGUUGAUGGGGGUUGUUAUGUAUUUUAUCGUCAGCUGCUGCCAUUUUUUUUUGCGCUAGAAAGCUGUAAAAUCGGCCUGCUGAGAACAUAUAAUGUCAUUCACUAAGCUGUGGCCAUCUUGUAAGAACAGCCAAUCGUAAAUCAGAGUGUUGUCAUCCGUUCCUAACGGAGUGACAUCGCUAAUGACGUCACAUGGACACGCCUUCUUAACUUGGCAAGAGUAUACAAAUUAAAAAAACUUCCUAGAUGUCAGAACAGGUUCUCUUCAAAUCUUUACACUUUUUCAUUCAUAAGAGAAAAUAAGUUUAUUUUCUAAUAAUAAAUUUGUAUAUAAAGUCUAUUUAAUAAAAAUAAUGCAGUGGAGGGAUGAAUGGGAAGAUGGUGGUUAUGACCCGAGGUGGUUAUAUACAUUGUAGCAUGUGCUGUAUGCCUGCAUAGGUUUUGGUAAAAAUCCUUUGACCCCUCCCCCUCUGUUCCAGGGGCCGGCCCCUGCGGAAUAAAAGGGGGGGUGUUUAGUCCCUUUUAUCUUUGUUGCAGAAGAAUUUUUUCAUGAAUAGAAUUUGCAUUUAUCUGUUGGCCUUCUGGAGGAGGAGGAGGAGCUGAUUAUUGGCGCCGGCCUGUCCUGCGCUCGUCCUCCUGGAGCAUGCUGGGAGGAUAAGGCGGAGAAUCUGGACGCCGCCGGCUUCUCAUCUUCCUUCAGACCCUUUGUAAUAAGAAACUUUACAGCCAAAUGUAAUAACCAGAGCUCAAAUCUUCUGCUUGUACAAUAAUCUUUCUGGUGAACGGCGCUCCUGGCUUUGAGCGCAGAUUUUAGCGGGAAUGCUAGCUGUAGCUUUAAGAAGCAUUGAGCAGCAGCCAUUCACUAUUUAGCAUGUAGUAAGUAUCUGCAGAUGUUAGUCCGGAGCUGACCCAUUGCUGAUUGAUGUGGUCAGUGAGUGUCCCUGGAGAUGUGCUCACCAAGGUCCCACAGAGGAGGUUCAGAUUUUUCCUUGUAUUGGAACCCCUGUUUGUUGUGUCCCUAUUGGGCAGAUAUGCCGUCACUUCCUGUCUUGGUGACCAUUUGUAUCCAAUGUGCCGAUAAACUUACCGGGAAUCAAAGGCAGGGCGUAUAGAGCAGAAUGCACUUCUUGUGGCCCUCAGGAGCCCCUGUGGUGUGUUUUUGAUGCCUUAGAGAAAAGGCCGUGUGCAGUGUAAUCCCAACCAAUCACAUUUGCACUUAUAAGUUUUUAAAAACAUGCCCCAAAAAAACAUUCAUAUGUGAUGACGCCGGCCACCGUUGUACCGAGGCGUGUCUGUGUAAGGCCAGCCAUACAUUGUCCAUUUAGAUUUACCUUCACCUUUGUAGUACAAGGCCCUUCCUGAUUGUGA